AUGUUGAUCAAGGAGGGAGAACUGGCUACAAUGUCAAUCAUGGAGGGCUCUUUUGGCUACAUAGCUUCAGAGUAUGCUCGCACGACAAGAGUUAAUGUAAACAUUGAUGUUUACAACUUCGGGGUUAUCCUUUCGGAACUUACAACUGAAAGGAAAGCCAAAGAUGGUGAUGAACACACAUCCCUAGUUGAAUGGGCAUUGCGACACAUUCAAGAUGGAAAACCUAUAGGUGAUGCCUUGGAUGGGCAGCCAAAUGAGGAUGCUCAACAUUGUUCAAGAGAUGUGAAGUUGGAGCUGCCCAGGGGGCUCUCCUAUAUGUAUCAUGAUUGCUUACUACCCAUUGUUCAUCGAGAUGUGAAUUCAAGCAACAUCUUUUUAGAUCUCGAUUUCAACACACGAAUAUCUGAUUUUGGACUAGCAAAGAUGUUGGUCAAGGAGGGAGAACUGGCUACGAUGUUAGCAGUGGCUGGCUCUUUGGGCUACAUAGCUACAGAGUAUGCUUGGACAACCAGAAUUAAUGAGAAGAUCAAUGUAUGCAAUUUUUGGAUUAUCCUUCUGGAACUGACAACCAAGAGGAAAGUCAAUGAUGGUGAUGAAUACACAUCCCUAGACAAAUGGGCAUUGCAAACAUUCAAGAUGGAAAACCUAUAG